AGACAGCAUGGUCUCAUAUGGCUGGAUGAGAAUCUCUCAGUGACCCAUGGUUGCCGCAGCUUCAUCCAAGUGUGUCUGCGCAUGAACAACACAGCCGGCUCUGAAGGUCGUGACCUCAGUGGGGUUCGUGUGGAGCAGCAGGAGGGUAGAUCGCUCCAAGGUGUUAGCAUCAGUGGGGUAGCAGAGGUCGCCCCAGGUCACAUCAUAUCCCUCUUCCUCCGGAGUGCCACCCACCACUGUAACCAAAGCGCUGAAGGUCUGCAGCUGUUCGAAUCCUCCGUUGCCCCACUCAGCCUCCUCUGGCUCUCUCAUGACACCGGUGCGGUUGCCAUGACAGCACAGGCAAUGGUCUCUGCACAUUACCACACAAACUAUCGCCCAGUCUUCCGUACCACCUCCACCUCUGACCCUUAUGUAGUAGGACUUACUCACGAUGGUCGCGGCAUCCGGUUUGCAGAGAGUGGCACUGUGCGCUUUGUAUUCCAGCAGGCAUUGUACUCGAUGGGCCAGGCAUGCGUGAGUGAGGGCUUCCAAAUUUUGGCAUACCUCAACCAUAAUGGAACCGGCAUGGAGCUGCUCCGUGCCUUUAAACCAGGUGUCCAUUACCGAGACACAUCAAUAGCACUGUCUGGAGCAGCUCAAGUUGUCCCGGGAGACACACUGGGUUUUGAGAUUCUCUCUCCUGCGCAGUGCAACGUUCGCUUCUUUGGUGACGAAACGGGUAUCAGUAUUCUCAGUUUGGUUUGGGUUCCCGCUGCCAUUUCUUCAUCUCUUUCUGCCUCUGUGGCUAACACCGGCCUUCUCUCUGGAGCAGUUCGUAACAAGCCAUUGUUCUUCCACCAGACCAGUCCUCAAGUGACCCAAAUGGAGCUGCUGGCAAAGGGAUCCGCAGAUCAGAGACGAGAUUUUGUAUUCAGAGAGAGCGGUACAGUCAGUGUUGCUCUGGAUCUCAAACUCAUUCACUCCUGCAGUUUGGUCAAGGUGACUCUGCUCAGACGAAGUGAUUUAGAGGGUUCAGGAGAAGGAUCGAGGCCUAUCCCUGUUGCCCAGCAGGUAUCUGGCCAGAUGUCUGAGGGCAGCCAGUGGGCCAGUGUGAGUCUGCGAGCGUCCUUCCAGGUUCACAACGGCACUACGGUUUUCUUUUUACUAGACUGUGUGCGUGGACGAGUAAACCAGAUCAGCCAUCAAACAGGAAGUGGGGUAUCUGCCCUCUGGGUGGCAUCAUAAUGAAAGACAGAUACUAUGACGUUUCUUCUUAUGGUCAAAAAUCAAACCGUGAAAGAAACGAUUUGACUUUUUGGAGACUUAUUCACUUUCCAGAGAGUUACAAAGAAAGAUUGACACCACUUUCAUCUGUUUUAACAGAGAAGCAUUAACCAGUAGCUUGUUAGCUUAGCCUGACAUUGUAAACUAGUGGAAAUAGCUUCUAAGAUUGUCCACAAGUAAUCUGUGAGCACCUUUAAACCUAAUACAUUUGUUUAAUGUAAAAAAUAACCAAUUAAAAAAAUCAACACUUUGUGAUUCUUAUGCAGUGUUGUGUAACUAGACUCCCAGUCUUUGUGCUAAGCUAAGCUAACUGACCUUUACUUAACUCGCAGAUGUCAGAGCAGUGCCAGUCUUUUUGUUUAUUAUUA